AUGGUGUUUAUUUACUUUAAAGAGCCUGUGUACCAGGGGGUUCCGCGCUACAUGCUGUUCGUUCACCUCCUGAUUAACGAUUUCGUGCAGGCAGCACUGUGUGUGUUCCUGUUUCUUAAUGCCUGCCUUCAAGGCACCAUGCUCCUCUCUGUUUGCUCUGUAAUUGUGCUCCUAUCUGCGUGCACUAGCAUGAACACUCCACUAACUCUUGCAGUCAUGUCUCUGGAGCGAUACGUUGCCAUUUGUUUUCCUCUGCACCACGUCCAGCUGUGCACGGUAAACAGAGGUUACAUCUCCGUCGCUCUCAUAUGGUUAUUAGGGAUACUGCCUUGCAUAAGCGACAUCUGCAUAGCUUACACGUACGGGCCUCCUGGCUAUUUCCAACGCUAUUUUAAUUGCAGACGCAGUCUAUUCAUCAUCCUUCCCUCUCAGAGCACUAAGCAAGCGGCUUUGAAUGCUCUUUACUUCAGCAGCAUAUGGGCAGUGGUGAUCUACACGUACCUACAAAUUCUGCUUACUGCUAGAAAGGCUGCUUGUGAUAAGUCUUCAGCCUCCAAAGGUCAGAGGACCGUCCUGUUACAUGGAGUGCAGCUCGUACUCAGCAUGAGUUUCUUUAUCUAUCCGCUCACUGAGUACUUCCUCGUGGGUCAGCCUCAAGAGGUCACGAGACACGUCUUCUUUUUUAACUACUACGUGACGCUGGUUCUUCCCAGAUGCCUGACCCCCCUGAUAUACGGCGUCAGGGAUGAGAAUUUCAAAAGACACCUCAAGCAGUACUUGUGUUUGUGUCCUAAGAAAGUGCAGCCUCUGGGAUCCAACUGA